GCGAAGAAACAUAGUCACACCAACACAUUGCAUUGCCCAUUUGGAGAAGAAGAUACUCGCGGUCAUGGCGCUUAUGAAGACCAACGCAAGGACGAUCGUCUGCUUGGUGGCCCUUGCGGUCAUGGCCACCCACCUGAUGUCCUCCGCAGACGCACUAGACUGCUAUCCGAUCAACGACUGCCGCCCGAGCAGCAACGGGGGAGUGAAGUGCGCGCGCAUGUGCGCCUUGCUGAACGGUCCUUCCGGCAAGGCCUACUGCAGCGGCACUACCCAGUGCUGCUGUGCGCCGCCAGGCGGCAGGAAGGGGCGGCUGCGGACGAGCGCGCCUCUUCAGACCUCGGAUGCUGCUGCCGCCGCCGCCGCCACCACAAACGAAGCUGCUCCAUGAUGAUGAUAGAGUGAUAGUAGUAGUAUCUUUAUUUCUUCUGUACUAGCGCACGUUUUGGUGGUGAUAUAUAGUCAGAUAGUGUUGCUUGAGAGAGAGAGAGAGAGAG